UCAAUUCUCCAUAGAAACUCUGAUCUUAACGCGGAAACUUUAUUAAACUCUGAUGGUGGAUUGAUAAGGCCGAAUUUCUCUCGGAUCUUUUUAUUGUGGAGACCGGGGAGAGAUGACAGAGGCAAAUUGCUCUUUUAAUUAAAGCAAUGCACCAGAGGAAAUUGCUGUCUGAAUAUUGUCUCAGAGAUGGGGUUUGUGACAGUUGCCUGGAAACUUCAAUCUGUCCCACAUUUAUUCCAGAUCACAGUUAUGAGAUAAAGUUUAAUAAAAAUCUUUGCCCGAAUGAAAUCCAACCCUUUCUUGAACAACAGCUACAAUGAGACAGAACUGCGGAGGAAACCUUAUGUUUAACAUGUAUCUCUCAGAUCCAACAGAAAAUCUGUUGAAAGAAAGCAAAGGUGCAUCCUGGAGUCCCAUAAACACAGGAGUGCAAAAAGGCAGUGGACAGAUUCAGCUAUGGCAGUUUCUCCUCGAACUCCUGUCAGACAGCGCCAACAUGUCUUGCAUCGCCUGGGAAGGGACGAAUGGAGAAUUCAAGCUAAUUGAACCAGAUGAGGUGGCCCGGCGAUGGGGCGAGCGCAAAAGCAAGCCCAACAUGAACUACGACAAACUCAGCCGCGCAUUGCGCUACUACUACGACAAAAACAUCAUGACAAAGGUCCAUGGGAAGCGAUAUGCUUACAAGUUCGACUUUCACGGGUUGGCUCAGGUUUGUCAACCUUCGACAACCGAGCAAGCUCUUUAUAAAUUCCAGAGUAAUUUUGCCCCCAUUCCCUUUUCAGGGAUUUCAAAGCUAAACCUGGUUGGUCCAGGCGUCGGUUCGUCUGGAUUCUCGUAUUGGCCGGGGUCGACACCGACUCUCUACCACAGUCACAACCUCCAACCCCCGGGACCGUUUGGUUCUGUGUCUGCCUCGCACAUCAGCUGUGUCAACAACAUCAACAACCUGAAUAAUAUCAAUAACCACUACAAUUGACUCCUAUUAAAUCUACUAAUAAUGUAGUUUAAAAAGGCCUAAUCAUAAUUCACAAUGAUAGCUGAAGGCGCGCCUUUUAAAAUUAGGCCUAUGAAUUAUGAUUUUCCCUCUUGAAAUGUUGUCUUGUGGACCAACAUUUUUUUAAAUCCUAAGUGAAUGGGCCUAUGGGCAAAUCAUUAAACAUUUGUGGAAAGAUUCAAAUUGAAUGACAUGCUUGUUUUUUUGUUGUUGUUUAUUUUAUUUUUUAUAUGUAGCCUAUUUCAAACAAAAUCUAGAUUAAGAACCAUUUUCUUGCUUAUUUUUCUCUCGUUGAUAAGACAUGACUGUUGUGUUCAGUACGAAAACGUUCUCGAACGUUGCAGAUAGAAAUACUACAAAUAGAGCCGACGUAAUUCCUUAUUCUACAUGUCAGAGAUGCAUGUUCUUUCUACCUGAACGUUCCAAAACGUUGCGUCCUGCUGAACGCACCCCUGGUGUCUGCAAGAGAUUGUCUGGCUUCUAGCGCCAUCAGGUGGCUAUUAAUUAGGCAUAUACAUACUGAUUUGAUCUCAAAUAAGCUUGCAGUGUUCUUUUCAAAGUAGGGAUAUUACUGCGACUCUAAAAAUAUUAUGGAGAUAAAGAUAUAUCGUCACUUUAAAUAGCCUUUGUUAUGUUAAGCCUACAUGUAGAUGUAGCCUACACAGACAGUUUACAAUGCAGUGCAGGUGUCUCCUUUAGUUACGACUACAAAAGGGUUUGCCUUUUAGUUUUUAUACGUUUUUCUUGUAGUCUAUUUUGACAUUUUACACACAGAUUCGACAUUUUUAUGCACGAAAAUAAAUAAAUAGAUUGUUCGAUUAACACUUAAAACCUCUUAGAUACUCUGUCUUUGAAAUUGUAGGCUGCAAAUGCCAUUUGAUAUCAUGCAUGAAAUUGUGUGUUGAUUAGACAUGUCAUAUGACAUCGGAUUGUAAACUAAUUUCAAAUCGGGCAUAUGGUCUUUAGAUUGUCAAGAUAUAUUUUUCCACACAUUUCCAAAAAGCUAUAUCCACCAAUUUUUCACAUUUGUGUUUUUUCAUCAGAAAUGAUUGCUUAUGGGUACCUUAAUUUCUGUGUAAA